AUGGCUAAACGCGACAUUGCAGUUACUUCGCCGACACAUGCAAAGGGUGAAUCAUCGAGGUCGCAUCUCACUGACGAAGGAUCUGAAGCAACUCCUCCGAGAAAUGAUCCGUCGUCGACGGCCUUGUUUCCCGAGAUCACUGAGGAACUAGACGAAUUCAACACUGCGCGUGAGAAGGAUCUGUCUGAGGAAAGCGGUGACCAGCAAACCUCCUCUACUCGCGAAGAGGUUCAGAUCGCCUCAGUUACUGCGACAUCGUCUAACCCAGCGCCACCAAAGUCUCAAUCUGUUCCACUCGAAGUUGCGGGAUCAGAAUCUCGCAGAUCUGAAAAUCCAAGUCCGGUAGCUGAUUCUCUUUUGCUUAUUUGUCAUGAUGAAAAGGAUGACUCUGGUGAAAAGACGAAAGAUGAGAGUAAGGACCAAUCUGAGCCAGUCGAGAAAGUGCAAGAAGGUGUUGAGGCUGAAGGAGUAGUUUCUCUUGGAACAUCCUCUGAAGAGAUCUCUGAGAAACAAGGAAGAAAGAAGAGGGUGAUGAAGAAAUUGGGGUUAGGGACAUCAAAGCGCCUCAAGACAAAGGGCUCCAUGGUAACAACAGUAUCAUCGCUUGGCAACUAUGUUGAACCAGUAGUUGCUGAGUUCUAUGCGGGUCUUCUUGUCACAAAGGUUGAAGCAGAUGCAGAGGAAAUUGAGGUGCAGGUGCGUGGUCACUCCUAUAACUUCUCGCCAACAGUAAUCAAUGAGGUUCUGAAUCUCGAACCACUGGAUGAAGAUGAAGUGGAUGAAGAAACUACUCUUGAUGGCAUCUCCAAGUCUGAGUUGGCUGAGUUUCUCACUGAAGGAACUCGAAAGGAAUGGGAUCAUCUGACUACGACUGAUCUUUCUCCAUGCUAUGGUGCUCUCAUGAUCAUUGCUGCCUACAACUGGAUUCCGUCUACACACAAGACCCAUGUGUCUAUUGGUAGGGCACGCCUAAUCUACAAGAUGGCUCGAGGAAUCCGCGUUGACAUGGGAAGAUUGAUCUUCAAGCAAGUCAUGAAUCUUGGUAUGGUGCAGAAGAAUGACUCUAGAUGGCUGAUAUUUCCUCGCCUAAUCAUGAACAUUCUCCAGAAGCAACACUGCAUAUCUCUUCUCUCGGGUGAGAAAGCUCAGGGUCCAGUGGUCUACACAAAAGACAAAUGA